CCCUGACUGACCCCAAGAGCUAUUACCUGUCCUGCGUGUGGAGCUUCAUGGCGCUCAAGUGGGCGCUGCUGCUGAGCCUCUACUCGCACCGGUACCGCGCCGAGUUCGCCGACAUCAGCAUCCUCAGCGACUUCUGAGCCCCGGGGCAAGGUGUGAGAGGGGGCACAGACACUGACUGUCAGUCUGUCAGUCUGUCUGUCCAACAGAGGGCUUUUCCUGCUGGCUUUUCCUCA